AUGUUAAACAUAGAAAAACUGCUUUCAUGGGUUAUUAUUGUCGAAUCUUCACUCGUCUGCAUUGGAAAUGUCGUUACCGUGUUGGUGUUUUGGAAGCAGCGAGUUUUUCUAAAGCGGUCGUACUAUCUGUUACUCAAUCUCGCUUUUGCCGAUUCACUCGUAGGAGCAACAGAACUGAUACAUACAGCAAAAGCUGUUCACGAAAGAGCGUUUUCUGGGAGUCCUUUAGGGAUAUUGGGUGCAUUGUUUUGGAGUGUUUCGCUCCUGUCCCUGGUUGUGAUUGCUUUGGAGCGAGCUUACGCCGUUCUUUGGCCUCUUCGUCACAGAGUAGCUAGCGCUCGAAUCUACAUCGUCAGUAUAGUUCUGGUCUGGAUAGGGGCCGUGUGCUUGACAAUGUUGCCUUUAACAUUACAUCUCACUGGCAAAGUCGGCAGAUUGCCUUCAUAUUUACUCACAAACACAGUGAUUCUGAUGUCCCUUUGCCUGAUAAUAGUGGCAUACCUGGCAAUAAGGAAACGGUUAAGAAGCACAAAUCAUACAUUCGAAGCCCAUAACCGAAAAAGUUUCAAACAGAACGUUAAUUUAUCUAGGACAUUAUUCCUUGCUGUCGGUUUGUCCAUUGGGCUGUUUUUUCCAGCAACAGCGAUUUACACAGUCAUCGCCUUUCACCAUAAAAAGCCGCUUACUGAUAACAACGUCCUAAUUUUUGUGGCUACAGCUCUAUACCUUGGCAACUCACUUGUUAAUCCUAUCGUUUACAGCUGUAGAAUGCCUAUGUUUAAGGCAGCAGUGAAAGGAUUUUUGAAACAUGAAGUCUGCCAUUCGAAUUCGAACUAG